GCAGGGCAGCGGGGUUGAGUAUCUGCACCCAGAGGCCCAGCAGUGUAGGGGUUAACACAGACAAUGUGCCGGGCAGGCAAGCAGGCCCGGGGGUCAGGGCCUGGGACAGAAGCAAAAGAUGCAGGCCACCGCAUUCCUUUUGUGUGUGUGCAGCUCAGCAGCCCACUCACUGCUCUUUGACUCCAACGUCCAUAUAAGGAAGAGAGCGCCAUGGCAACCACAGGGCUUGAAUAGCAGUGUCAAAUCCCUGAGCACAGAGACUCACUCACUCACACACACGCACACACACAAACAGAGAGCGAGAGAGAGAGCGAGAGAGAGAGAGAGAGGGAGAGGGAGAGGGAAAGAGGUUAUCUGGCUGGCCUGUUCUUCUUUUCAGUUCAUUUAAUUUAUUCUCCCAAAGCAAAAAAAAAAAAAAAAAACUAAUCUCUCUAGCAUUCUCUGGCCACUGGCUGACUCACAACACAACACUGGACGGCCGGCACUACAGUGGCUGCUUCUGUCUGAUUAACAGGGACCAGAAAAGAGAGAGAGAGAGAGAGGGAGAGAGGGAGGGUGUCACACAAGGACACAUUCGAUAAACAGUGAGCUUUCGCCUUUCUAAUUGAGAAACCAAGACAGGGUUUGUCUUGUUUUUUCUGUUUUUUUUUUGCAGGGAAGGAACAGAAGACUCUCCUGCUGUGUGUGGAAUGAGCUGGAGUGGCUGCCGCAGCGUUAGGCCUUGUUUUAUUACAAACAAGCCCUAGAACACAGAAAGGAGUUCCUUGAACUUUGCUCCUGUUUGGACACACACACAGAUAGCUGUUUCGCUGGAUUUCUGAGGCCCUGAUAAGCUGUUUUUUUUUUUUUUUUUUACAAUCUUCUGGAGAGAGCUGUGCUUGUUGGGGACUAAACGAAGGCAGACUUCAGUUACUGUGGUUCUCGGAAGUGACCUGGAAGACAAAAAGAAAACUGAAAAAGGGUAGAGGAAGUUUGGGUACACGUAGGAUUUUUCGACAACAAACAACAGUGGAAAAAUGGAGACAGAAUUUUUGUCCUUUUUCUGAAGGGAAAAACUUCCUGGGUGAAAAAAAAAAAAAGUUUUAACUUUUUUUUUUUCCUGUUUUGUGGAAAACAGCCUUUCCUGUCGAGUGAGAAAGGGGCGUAGUAAAGCGAUACUGGCUUCUGUCAGAUUUCAAGAUACUUCUUUCCCCUUCUCGCAGAAGGAACUGGUUUGACUCGUUCGUCAGAGGUUUGGCUUAACCCCGCUGAACCCUGUCUUGCUUUCGUUCAGUUGCGAGGAACUUUGCUGGGGCUGUGCAGUUCAGUUGAAUUUAUUGUUUCCUGUGAAAAGCAGUUUAUGCCUGUUCCUUACACUGUGAACCUGUUGUGCUUGAAGAGCAGAGGGUAGGGGCAGUGAGCUGCAAAGGAGGCCAGCUAACUGACUGCAAAAUAAGUAAGUUGGCUUAGGUGGUGGUUUGCUUGUGUGCAGGAGGACUGAAAAAGCUUUGGCUUUAGGGAAUCUGCUCUGUCUUACCCCUUAAAUAUAGUUUUUAGCUGGUGUGUGUGUGUGUGUGUGUGUGUGUGUGUGUGUGUGUGUCUUGGUUCCUGGUGUGGUUGGUAUUUAAAGACUGCAAGCUUUGUUUAUCCAGAGUGAUCUCUUCCUGAUCUGAGCAGCACAUGUGCACUUAGGCACCAGCGGUAAGCUUGGGGGAGGUUAGAGGACUCUUAACUAUGGUGCACUAAGAGCACCUAGGGAUUUGGAACACAAGCACAGUUAGAGAAUCCUACAUUUUGCACUACGGGAUUAGACACUAGCUUGGGUCAAUUGGGACUUCAUUUGGUGCUGUAAACCCCUAGUCUGGACAACUAAAAGAAAACUAAAAAAGGAGCAGCCAGCAGAGACCACCACCCCCCCCCCCCCCCCUCCAGUUUGGACUCGGAGCGGUAUGGCAAUGGUGAGCGGGGGAUGGGGCGACCCGAACGGAGAGACCAACGGCCUGGGAGAGAAGGGCUACCUGCGGGAGGAUGAGGAGGGGUCCCCCCAGGCUGGGGGCAGCGAUGCGGAGCCUGUGGUGGAUGACAGGGGCUGUGUGGUGGACUGCGGGGUCUGCGGGGACAAGUCAAGCGGUAAGCACUACGGCGUCUUCACCUGCGAGGGCUGCAAGAGCUUCUUCAAGAGGAGCAUCCGGCGCAACCUCAGCUACACCUGCAGAUCAAACCGGGACUGCCAGAUAGACCAACACCACCGGAACCAGUGCCAGUACUGCCGGCUCAAGAAAUGCUUUCGGGUUGGGAUGCGCAAGGAAGCCGUGCAGAGGGGUCGCAUCCCUCCGUCCCACUUGGGAAUCAGCCCCACAUCCACCCCAGGGGGGGACUUCUUGAAUGGACAGCCGGUCUCAGAGCUCAUCUCCCAGCUCCUGCGGGCUGAGCCCUACCCCAGCGGGCGCUACGGCUCCCAGUACAACCCGCAGCAGGGGGGCAGCGUGAUGGGCAUCGACAGCAUCUGCGAGCUGGCGGCACGGCUGCUCUUCAGCACCAUCGAGUGGGCGCGCAGCAUCCCCUUCUUCCCGGAGCUGCCCGUGUCGGAGCAGGUGGCACUGCUGAGGCUCAGCUGGAGCGAGCUGUUCAUCCUCAACGCCGCCCAGUCCUCCCUGCCCCUGCACAUGGCCCCCCUGCUGGCCGCGGCCGGCUUUCACUCCUCCCCCAUGUCCGCGGAGCGCGUCGUGUCCUUCAUGGACCAGGUGCGGGUGUUCCAGGACCAGGUGGAGAAGCUGAGCCGCCUGCAGGUUGACUCGGCUGAGUACAGCUGCCUCAAAGCCAUCGCGCUCUUCUCCCCAGACGCCUGCGGGCUCACAGACCCGGUUCACGUGGAGAGCCUGCAGGAGAAGGCCCAGGUCGCUCUGACGGAGUACGUGAGGGCUCAGUACCCGGGGCAGCCCCAGCGCUUCGGCCGGCUGCUGCUCAGACUGCCCGCGCUCCGAGCGGUGCCCGCAUCCCUCAUCUCACAGCUCUUCUUCAUGAGGCUGGUGGGCAAGACGCCCAUCGAGACCCUGAUUCGAGACAUGCAGCUGUCCGGCAGCUCCAUCAGCUGGCCCUACGUCCCGGGGCAGUAACCUGAGGGGGGUGGGAGGAGCUGCCCCAGGGCAACAUCAAUAUAGAUACACUUCAGCACACCGGUGCAGUAACUACGCUGCUUUUAGUUUAGAGCGGAGGGGCGUGUGUAUUAUAAAUGCAAUUCCUUGGUUUUGUGUUAAUUGCAUCUUCCCCACUUUAGCCUUCGGUGAACUCUAAGCUGUAUCAGACAGAAAGAGCACAAUACUGACAGUAAAACUAUUUGUCUGCUACAUUCCCUAAUUGUACUUUCUGAAGCCUACCCCCCCCCCUCCGUAUGGUGUAUAUAUCUAAUCGCCUUUAAAUACAUGUUGUUAGAAUCAGCUCCUUGAGUGCAUGCUUGUAUUUAAAAGUGCAAAGUGAAUUCGCAGUAGUGCUAAAGAGUAGUUAAUAUCCCUGCAUUCUGAAGUGAUGUUGAUGAUGUCAUAAAACAGGCUCACGCAGCUCCCUGAACAGACUUUAAUACAGCUGGAGCCAAAGGGCAACACAGAGGGAAACUCUGGGGAUUUUCAGGACUGUGAUCCUUGAGGAUCAGGGACAGUGGUUUGGGGCAUUGUCGACCGCAAAAGAACUGCUGAUACGAAACUGGUACAAAACACCGGAUCUGCUAUUGUCCAAACCCACAGGGUCACACAGGUUGGACUGGGGUUUAGAAGUAGGAACGCUGUCCGGAAUGUCAGGAUUGGUGCCGUUGCUUUGCCAAGAUUAAAAGAACACUGCUUGGAUUUAGACUAACUGGGAAUUGUUUCUGAUCCAAUAAUUCAGUUAAUGCACUUCCCUGUUCGUUUCAAAUAAUCCAACAAAUUGUGCUAGAGCUGGCCUUUUUAAAAUCUGUAUCCCUCUGGUUUGCAAUGCCUUCAAAUACUGCACUGCACACUACACUGGGCCCUGUGAACUCCCCCUCACUAACACACACCCUCACUGAUCUGCACACAGCUCUGUGGACCCGAAGGUCUUCGCAUAUUCAGGACAGAGAAUUUGAUUAGCUGUUGCUUGGCUGCUUGAUUCAAAUAACGGUUGGACAGCUUUAGUAGAAAGUAAAGGGCGGAUGGACUAAUUGUCCCCUGUGCUUUCCGAGAGAGAGAGAGAGCCGAAACAGAGGCUGAGACUCAGGAGAAGACUCCCUGCAGGCCACACAAGAAGAGAAGAAAUACUUGGAAUGUCAGACUGACUUUUUUAUUUUAUUUUAAUUUUUAAAUCCCUUUGAAGCGAUCAGAGGAAUGAGCUCAAGAGUUUAAAUCAACAGAUCACAAUGCGACCAUUUCACGUGUUUAAUACUAUGAUUGUGUGAAACUAUUCAUUCGAUUUAAUGCUUGUUCUUGGGUUUAUUCUUUUAUGUAAAUUGUGACUCAGAUUUCAGGGUUACAGGUCAAAUGCAGACCCCCCCCCCCCCCCCAAAUAAAACUUAUUAUGUCAUUAUUUUAGGUAAAGAUAUUUAGAUUGAAGGACACCAAAGCACCCCCUUAGCGUCUACUGAAAUGACUCCCUCUUUAAAACUAGACUGUAGCUUUACCCAUGAAAUUUGCACAGGAAUGUUGCAGUUGCUCAUGCAUCUAUCACAGAUUCCCAUCGUCUUUUACCAUGGUUUACUGCACUGCUCUGCUAUCAUCCUGUACUUUCCCCAUAUUUUACUACACUUUGAUUUUACCAUGGUUUACUGCACUACAAUUUGCUCAGUACUGGUGUUAAGUGAAGGGGUGUGGUGAGGAAUUCACCAAUCACAUUGUGUGCAAAAGUGACAACUAAUAAUGUACGACUGAAAGCAAUAAAAAAUAUUUUACAUGGAAGAA